GUGGUAGCUAUAACACUUGCUUCAAACUACAUACGUCUGUCUAUUAGUCUGUACAAAAUUGUUCAGCUCAUAUAUCACUGGAUAACUGGUUUGGCGUUCCUUGAAGAGAUUGCUGAGGUGUGCUACUCUAGGAUUACACUGCGAUAACCAAUCUGAUCUGGUGCUACAUCAAAGAAAAAGCUGUGUAACACCCCCAUGUAACUGUAGAGGACUGUGGCAGCAAGUUUGAACAGUGCACAAAGGUUAACACAUCUGGUGCUGCAGGGACUGUGUUCUAUGACAACUCAGCCUGCAGCCAAAGACAGAGAUUAAAGACACUGCAACACAAUUGGUGGAUUUAACUAGAAUAAAUGGGUAGGCUAUAAAACAAUCAAGACUUUUAAAGGCAAUUUCAAAUAGCAAACAUUUCACAACUACAUGUCACAAGAUGCAUUUAUAGCAGCCACCAUAGCCUAGUAAUAUAGCAGCAAUAGUAUAGUAACACCAAAAAAUAGACACUAUUAUGGCUCAUCCAAAUUGUACAGCUAUAAUAUCACAGGACACACAGAUAGGGUAUACUUGUGCCGUUUACUUUUUUCUGUAGACAUUUUUCACUGCAACACACUGUUUAGCUACAGUACGUGUUAGUAUAUUGAGCCUGCCCUGUCGAAACACUCCUCAACAGCUCGCAUCCCUAAAUACAGCAUGGCAAUGAAAAAAAACAGCAAUGUGUAUCUAAUGAUCUGCAUGUUAGAACGUAGGCCCUGUUGAUCCUAAUUCCACUGGUCCAGAGCUGUGAAUUUCUCUCUGGUCUGUAACAACAGCAGCAGAAAUCUGCAAGCGCCAUCUUGCUUGUGUUAAACUAAAAAUGCUGCAUCCUUUUUUCUCCCGUUCUCCUCAGCAAUAUCGCCACACUGCAGCUGCAACGCUGCUGGACCAAGUGGGCCAGGUCGACGCGACAGCACCAAACAACACUGACAUUAGCAUUGCUAGAAAACUCCGUCGGUUUUAGACGCACAGGCCAUUCACAUUAAAGCCUGACUAAUUGUGUUGUAUUUGUGACGUUAACUGGUGUAUUUCGGGGGUAGUUUGAAACUGUCACUUUUUUUUUUUUUACCAAGGGAAACUAAUAAAACGAAUAUGCCAUUACUGUGCGUUACCUAGCGCAAACAGUCAGCACAUAACUGCUGCUACGCCAAUAAGUGUAAUGUUCUGGAAAAAAAGAUAGCUAGCUAACGUUGGCGCUCUAGAUUCAGUUCACGGUACUAGUUAGCUCACUUAGCUAUAUAAUUAGCCUAGUAAUAUUAAAAUAAAAGCGACCAACUUCCAGACUAACAGAGUGUUGAAAACUAUGUAAAAAAAUCACACCAAGCCAAACAAAAACAAAUCCAACAUGGCAGGUCCAAACUGCCACUCACUGACAUCUAACGGUAAUGAUGACGUGACGAUCGAAGGCCUCUUAGAAGACAGUGUCUUUCUUCCUUGCCUCUGCAUAAACGAAACCAAAGAAUUUAGCUUUGGGUGGCAAAAAGACGAGCAAAGCAAGGAUCCUGUGUCCUUAUUCAAGAUCUAUUCAGGAUUCUCUGACUUAUACAAAAGCAGGGCCAAAGUAUUUCUACAUGAGAACGGAAGUAACUGCUCUCUCCUCCUAACCAACAUCACAGCGAACGACCAGGGGAAAUACAGAUGUUGGUUUCAAAAUGGAAAAUACAGCCGAACCUUUAUACAUCUAAAGGUUUUUGCAAACUAUAAUGUUUGUCAGAAGAACUCUACCAGCAGCCAGGAUGGCAGUUUAAAUGUUUUCCAGUGUAAUGCAGAAGGACGUUACAGAGAGGCUGAGAUUCAGUGGUACUUGGAUGGACAAGUUCUUACAAAUUCAUCCUCAACUCACAUAACCCACACAUACACUCUGGAUGUUCGCCCUGGUCUCUACAGUUUCAGCAGCAAACUCGUCACUGAACUCAACUGGACCUCAGAACCCACAUGUCAGGUCAAGGCCAAAAACAUAUCAGCGAGAUCCAGCUGUGUCCCAGAGCCUGCACCUCAGCAAAGCAAUCAAGAACCACACGGUCUCAGGAAAUACUUAAAAGUCAUCCCCAUUGUGUUGGUGCUUGGAAUUUCCCUGGUCCUAUGGUGCCGCUGGAAACAGUAAUCUGUACAUAUUUGUUAUAAUGCCAGAGAUCUUUAUUCAAGAUAAUGUUCCUCCCUAUAAUUGAUCCUCACUGGCUAAACCAGAGUUGAAAAAUAUGUAUUUGCAGUUGAUGAAUCAAGUCACAACUAGUUUUGCUGUUUGUUAACAUUUGU